AUGAGGCACCAAGAAUCAGCCAAACAGUGUCCCAUAUUGAAACUGAGUUGGAGGCAGCAAGUCCAGUCUGAAAAUGGACGUAAUACAGCUGCCCGGCUGCCCCAAGCCCGACUCCAGCCGCUGUCAGUACCACAUGAUCCAAAGGAAGCAGAGCAGUUGAGAAAACUGUUUAUUGGUGGCUUGAGCUUUGAAACUAUGUAUGAUAGCUUAAGAGAACACUUUGAAAAAUGGGGCACACUCACAGAUUGUUUGGUGAUGAGAGAUCCCCAAACAAAAUGUUCCAGAGGCUUUGACUUCGUGACUUAUUCUUGUGUACAAGAGGUAGAUGCAGCAAUGUAUGCUCAGCCACGUAAGGUUGAUGGGCAUGUACUGGAACCAAAGAGAGCUGUUUCUAGAGAGGAUUCUGUAAAACCUGGUGCACAUCUAACUAUGAAGAAAAUUUUUGUUGGAGAUAUUAAAGAAGAUACAGAAGAAUAUAAUUUAAGAGACUACUUUGAAAAGUAUGGCAAGAUCAAAACUAUAGAAGUUAUGGAAAAUCAAAAGAGCAGAAAGAAGAGAGGAUUUGCUUUUGUAACUUUUGAUGAUCAUGAUACAGUUGACAAAAUUAUUGUUCUGAAAUAUCAUACUAUUAAUGGGCAUAACUGUGAAGUGAAAAAGGCCCUUUUGAAGCAAGAGAUGCAGUCUGCUGGCUCACAAAGAGGUCAUGGAGGUGGCUUAGGCAAUUUUAUGGGUCAAGGAGGAAACUUUGGAGGUGGUAGAGGAAACUUUGGCUGUGGAGGAAACUUUGAUAGAAGAGGUGGUUAUGGUGGUGGUGGUGGCAGCAGAGGCAGUUAUGGAGGCAGAGAUGGUAGAUAUAAUAGAUUUGGUGGUGACGGUGGCAACUAUGGAGGUGGUCCGGGCUACAGUAGUAGAGGGGGUUAUGGUGGUGGUGGAGGACUUGGAUAUGGAAACCAAGGUGGUGAAUAUGGUGGUGGUGGAGGAGGAUAUGAUGGCUACAAUGAAGGAAGAAAUUUUGGUGGUGGUAACUAUGGUGGCAGUGGAAACUAUAAUGAUUUUGGAAAUUAUAGUGGGCAGCAGCAAUCAAAUUAUGGACCCAUGAAAGGAGGCAAUUUUGGUAGAAGGAGUUCAGGUAGUCCUUAUGGUGGUGGUUAUGGCAGCAGAAGGUUCUAA